GGAAGUCUUCUUGCUGUUGAUAACGGAACACAAAUAUAUAAUGCCAUGUUACCUGUCCCUGAUUUAGAGACACGUUAAUAAGACACUGUGAAGCUGCCAUUAGAACAACCGUUAAACCUGACGGUGAGUCGUUAAAGUGAGCUAACGCUAGCUAUUUGAACAACGAAGACGACACUGACGUGUUUGACAUAUUAGCUACAUUUUAGAAAUGCACAGAGGGAAGGACUAGCCAGAAGACUAUGGAUACUAAUAAAAAAGACAGUAAGACACCACUCUGGGGUCGGGACAUAUGAAAGCUUCAACGCGGCUUUGAGACGGAAUGGACAGUAUUUGUACCCUGGUACGGUUUGAGAUGCACUUUCAAAUGGGACAGGCGAGCCUGGAGGAUGGGACGACUGUUCUGGCGGGGACAGAUGUGUCUUUAACGUUAGCCCGGUGAAUUAUCCUAUCAGAGGUGGAAAGUGUAUUUUUCCACAGCGAGCGGGAUAAUGCUCUACAGAGAUGUUGGAUACACGUCAGCACCUCCUCAGACAACGGCAGCAUUCAUACUCGUUCACCGCAGAGCUGAACUCUUCCUCCGGGUAACCCUACCCUGACCGUUAAACGUCGAGCUAUGGCUCUGAAAUCAAGGAGACCGUGGACGACCGUGAUUUUCGGCGUCUUUCUCGGAUUCACCGCAUCCUCUUGGCUUAUUGUACCUCAGGUUCUGGAGAGUAAACGGAAGAAAUCUCCCGUGUGUUUGUACUACAGUGACUCCUCUGUCGGUAAAGGUCCUGACAUCCUCGGGAACACCGCGGCGGCCAAAGACCGGGACAGCCCGCAGUUCGGUCAGGAGGGGGACAGGGUAUUCAGCACGGGGAACAGUAGCGGAGAUACCGGGAGACCCGUAAGCAGACCGAACCGUUUCCUCUAUGUCGGCGUGAUGACGGCGAAGAAAUAUCUGCGGUCUCGCGCCGUGGCCGCGUACAAGACCUGGGUGAGUUCCAUUCCCGGGAAGGUGGAGUUCUUCUCGAGUGCCGGUUCUGGCAGCGUCUACCUACCCGUACCCGUCCCGGUGGUUUCGCUGGCAGGUGUGGACGACUCCUACCCGCCACAGAAGAAGUCAUUCAUGAUGCUGAAAUACAUCCACGACCACUACUUGGAUAAAUACGAGUGGUUCAUGCGGGCAGAUGAUGAUGUUUAUAUAAGAGGUGAGAAGCUGGAGUUGUUUCUGCGGUCACUGAACAGCAGCAAGCCCCUUUACCUGGGCCAGACAGGCCUGGGCAUGGCUGAAGAGCUGGGCAAACUGGCCCUAGAGCCUGGAGAGAACUUCUGUAUGGGAGGCCCCGGGAUGAUCUUCAGUCGAGAGGUGCUACGCAGGAUGGUCCCUCACAUCAGUACCUGUCUGAGAGAGAUGUACACCACCCACGAGGAUGUGGAAGUGGGCCGCUGUGUGCGACGCUUUGGAGGAACACAGUGUGUGUGGUCUUACGAGAUGCAGCAGCUCUUCUAUGAGAACUAUGAACACAACAAGAAAGGUUUCAUUGAAGAACUUCAGAGUAGCAAGAUCCACAAUGCCAUUACACUCCACCCCAACAAAAAGCCUGCCUACCAAUACCGGCUCCACAGCUUCAUGCUGAGCCGUGAGAUCUCAAGGCUUCGUUACCGCACCAUCCUGCUCCACCGUGAAGGUCUGAUCAUGAGUUACCUCAGUGACACAGAAGUACUGUGGGAGGACCAACAGCUGGGUUCCCCACCUUCAUACAUGCUCUUUCAACCCAAUGAGAGAAACGAUGUCAUUGAGUGGGAUUUCCUGACUGGCCGCCAUAUUUAUUCUGCUGUUGAGAACAAGAUGGCCCGACAAAACCUUGGGAACUUGUUUCGGACUGCACUAGAAGACAUUAUACUCCAGGUCAUGGAAAUGAUUAAUGAGAAUUCGAAAACACGUGGCCGUGUAAUUGAGUUUAAAAAGAUUCAGUAUGGCUACUACAGGGUGGAUCCAAUGCAUGGUGCAGAAUACAUCUUAGACUUACUCCUGCUGUACAAGAAACAUAAGGGACGCAAAAUAACGGUACCUGUGAGGCGGCACGCUUACCUUCAGCAGUCCUUUAGUAGACCCUUCUUUACUGAAACAGAAGAAUUAGAUGUGGCUGAACUUGUGGCUGCCAUCAACUCUGAAUCCCAAUCCCUGUCUUUCCUAUCCAACUCUCUGAGGUUCUUGUCACCUUUCCAGGUCUAUGAAUCAACCAGGGAAAUAUGGGAGCAAAGCCAGAGAAAGGUCAACAUCCUUGUUCCACUGUCUCGUCGCUAUGACACCUUUGUCCGCUUUAUGGAGAACUUUGAGAAAGUGUGUUUGAUACCCAAACAAAAUGUUAAGCUCUCCGUCAUUCUGGUGGACAAUGAAAGCAAUCAAGACAGAGGAAGACACACUCAGUUAAUUAAAGACUACUACAGGAAGUAUCCUAAAGCUGACCUGUCUGUAAUCCCCAUGACAGGCAACUUUUCACGAGGACUGGCUCUGGAGCUGGGCUCCUCACAGCUUGAUAACGACACUCUACUCUUCUUCUGCGAUGUUGAUCUUAUCUUUAAUGGUGAUGCCUUGCAACGCUGCAGAGACAAUACUGUCCAAGGGAGACAGGUCUAUUUUCCUGUUGUCUUUAGUCAGUACAACCCCAAGAUAGUUUAUUCAGAGAAGGCCCCAAGAGAAAACAAUUUUGUGCUCACCAAGAAAAGUGGUUUCUGGCGAGAUUACGGCUUUGGAAUCACUUGUGUUUUCAAGAGUGAUUUACUAAAAGCUGGAGGUUUUGACACCUCAAUCCUAGGCUGGGGAUUGGAAGACGUAGACUUGUUCACAAAAGUUAUUAACUCCGGUUUAAACGUGUUGCGCAGUCAAGAACCAGGAAUUGUCCACAUGUAUCACCCUGUCUACUGCAACGCAAGUCUAGAGCAGAAGCAACACAAAAUGUGCCUUGGCUCAAGAGCAAGUACGUUUGCAUCAACAAUGCAGUUAGCAGAGCUGUGGCUGGAAAAACACAUAGAGGGAGGGUACAACAGAACUUCAUCCUGACAUUCCAGCCAUAAUGGACUCCUCCAUGCAAGUUUACCUCAGUUCUGCUUGAAUGCAGACAGUGAUGGACUUCUGUAGUGUGACUGUGGAUCAGAGGUCUUGAAAAUUUUAUCCAGAAAGGACCCAAGACUAUCCUAUCCAAAAUGGAAAAGACCCAAAUCCUGACUGACGUGACAGCAGGUAAACUCAGAUCCAGAGGAAAUGGUACAAGAACAGAACUGAGUCCAGGAUUGCUGCACCAAAUUUGUUGAAGGUGUCUACUACCUUAUCAAGUCCCAAACCAUCUUGGAAAACCACUGAGUUAAUAUAAAUUGGCUGUUAGUUGGUACAUUGGACAUUGUACUGUUCACUUUAGCAUUACAGAUUGGUUGAUUUAUUAUUUACAGUGAAAAUUAUGCAAAUAUAGAGGUUUGGGACCUUUAUUGUGGUUCCUUAGGGUUUGGGUCAAUUCUAAUUCUCCACCAGUGUCGUUUUUAGACAUGUGUAGACAACAAGGCUACUUUGGGGCAUCCCAAGUGUUGGAAUUUUAACAAAUCACUCAAAGAGCAAGCUAUAUUAAUCUAAAUAUGAUAAAGGUGAUUUCAAGUAAUUUGUAAACAUGACAGGAAAUGAAACCAAGGAAAUAAAAAAAAAAUAUAUAUAUAUAUAGGAAUCAUAAGGACGUUAAAGGUUAUACCCAAGUUUGAAUGUGUUUACGGUUUCAGUAUGCAGCAGAAUCACCGCUUGCAACUCAUUUAACCAUUUAAUACUGGUAUGUGGUAUUGUCUGCUGCGUUACACAAUCUGUUUGUGCAUGUGUGUGAGAGUGAGAGAGUCAUAGCGAGGGAGUUAGCCUGCUUUAAUUUGCUACCUUAAUCUGCCAUAAUCCCCAGGUGAAUUUUUAGAAAUUCCUUCCUGCAGACCUGAAGCUAAGGCUGUGUAGAUAGUGUCCCUUCCAAGCUGAUUCCUGUUGUGCUACUGUGCUAAGAUUAUUUAGCUUGUUGUCCAGCUGUUUCUCUAAUUUCCACUCUCUAAUCCAAUUGUUUUCUCACCUACCUGGGGUAUGUGUUUGCCUUGUUUUUAUUCAUGCCAAACCAUGGGGAUUCAGCAGUUUACUACUGUCAGAGGACAGCUAAUAGAAUGUUUACAAGGCACAUCAUAGUUAUUAUGAUUAUGACAUUUGUUUAUAGGACCAGUGUAGGCUUUGGUGGCAUCUAGUGGUGAAGUUGCAGAUUAUAACCAAAUGAACAACCGCUCGCCUUCCAAGCAAGUGUAAACCUAUCGUGACGUAACCUAUUGGAUUGUGGAGUACUGUUUUGAAGCCUCGAGCUUGGGGUACUCACUGAGAAUGACUUGUCAGUCACAAGUUAGCCACGCCCAAAGGCAUACCCUGUUUUAUAGUCUAUUUUACUCUAAAUGGGACCAUAAUUUAGUAAAUGAACAUCAUGCUGUAUGGAAGAAGACUGAAACUAGAGAUUAAGACCUCAAACUCAUUAGGAAUGGUAGGUGUGUUUUUUGCAGCCUGUGGUGCUGUCCGCUACUGGUUGACACUUCUGCGUUGGCUUCACUUUACAGACCCAGAAGCUCUUACCAUUAUACAUACUGUUAAUGCUUCUAAGUCUGUAGGAGAAACUAUGGUGGCUACUAAAGUUGCAGAAAAAAACAAAAAUGUGUAAGACCCUAUCUAGAGCCAGUGUUUGGUUGGUCCAUUCUAGGCUACUGUAGAAACAUGGCGGACUCCGUAGAAGAGCACCCACUCCCUCUGCAGAUAAAAACAGCUAAUUCUAAGAUAACAAAAACACAACAAUUGUUAUUUUCAGGUCAUUUUACACUAGUGAAAACAUACCUGUGAAUAAAUGUCACACACUGGACCUUUAAAUCUACAUUGAAAAGUUACUAAAAUUGUCAGACACAGCUCUCUGAUGAUGCUGAUGUUGGAAAAGUGUAGAGGGAUUUCAGAUGCUGUCUGAAAAACACUUAAUUUGAAGCAUACUGUCCCUGUUAAAGUUGCAGGCACAAUCAGACAAUUUCUAUAAUAAUGAAGCUUCUCGCAAGACAGUAGUUGCACAUUGAUUACAGAAUGUUAGGUCAUCUUUGGUCCUGGACAUAGUGGUUUCAGUGAGACUGGACUUGGAAUCACUUGGAGGUCUGGACUCAAGAUCUGGUUUGGGUAGAAUCAGGUCGUCUGAUGUUACAUUCAGCUGUGGUGCAAUUUCGCGUUCUUUUUUUGUGUUCAGUUACAGUAGCUUCCAAAGGACAUUGUUGAGCUAAGCAAAGGAUGCUUUUUUGUAAUUAAUUGUCAUUAUAUUAGCCUUUUCUUGCUGCUGUAGUUAUUAUGACGUUUACACUUCUGCCUCAGGACCAGAUCUUACCACACAGUGCAUUGUAGCCUUUUGCUUUAACUGAUAUGGUACCCACUGCCGAUUGUGAAAAGGAACAAUCUGAUGAAUAAUAGUUGGAACAAACGAGCAAAACAGCUUUGAAUUAGCCUGGUUCUUACAGAUGCUGCCACCAUGACAAAACAAUUACUACAUACCAAAUCUUGUUGUAACAUUUAUCAUAAUGAGAAACUGAGCAAAUUUGUUUUGUGAAGAGCGCAGCAGCUGUGAACAGACCUCUGAAUGAUUUCCUUUUUUCAGCAAUACAAAAAGAUAAAUAAUUAAGUUACAUGAAAUGGCAGUUGCAUUUGAUCAACAGGCUAUUUUUAAGUGUGUGAAGCUCAGUGAUAUAGGUAAAUAUAUUGGUAAUUAUAUAAUUGGAACAUUUACUUUCAAACUACCACAUAGGAUUUUCUGUACAUUUUGUUUAUGUUUUGUGUAGCAUUUCUAUGAAAGAACAUUGCAGGAAAAAUUGGAGAUGUAUCGUGAUCGCAAGAAAGAAUCUCAUAAUUACGAGAUACUUAAUCAUAAUUACAAGGUACUUUUUUUUCCACUUCUAUUAAUUUCACUGUUGAGGAUCAUUAGAUUCUGUCAAGAGUAAGUUAAUGGUUUUGUUAACCAAGCAUAAUGGCUUUAAAGUCUGCUAGCAAUAACAACUGCUAUAGUAUCAACUGAAUAUUUAUAAUAAAUGUUUCAAUACACAUA